AUCGAUUUUAAGGACUGGAAACCACCAACAGCAGCGUCCUCGAGUCCUCCAGCAGUGGAGCGUCAAGAUUCGCUGUCCGCAAUUCCGCCACGGAAAAGAAGUUCGCUCAAAGAAACGCAACAAGAUUCAACUGGAUCACUUGAACUUCCAGCACAUCUCAACACCAAACAGAGGGACAGUGUCACUCCUGUUGGUGACUUAGAACCGGGCGAUCCGAAACUUACGGCUCCAGCAUGGGCAGACUUUGAGACCUCGGCUCCAGAGCUACCACCCAGUGAAAGCGGAUUCUUCAGCAAUAAAGACAGCAACAAUGCAAAUGAUCUAUCGACUCAGGACAGCUAUGAUCCGUUCAUCAUACCAACACAGUUCAAGCCGGAACGAGAUCCGUUUGCUCCUCCUGACAAGGACCUCAUCGACGAAGACUACGAUCCAUUUGCUGUACAACCGGUGGAGGACAUUGUGGCCGCAGCAAAAGCCAAGGCAGAAGAAGCCCGAUUGGCCAAGGAGGCUCAUGACGACGUCGACUUCUUUGGAGGGACACGGUACGUUCCCCAUCUA